AUGGAGUCGUCGCGUGGCCCUCCGAGGGUCAAGAACAAGGCUGCUGCACCCAUUCAGAUCAGUGCCGAACAGCUCUUGCGCGAGGCCGUCGACCGCCAGGAACCCGGCCUCCAGGCCCCUACCCAACGCUUUGCCGACUUGGAAGAACUGCACGAGCACCAAGGCCGCAAGCGCAAGGAGUUUGAAGACUAUGUCCGACGAAACCGCCUUAACAUGGGCAACUGGAUGCGCUAUGCCGCCUGGGAACUCGAACAGAAGGAGUACCGCCGUGCCAGGAGUGUCUUCGAACGCGCUCUCGACGUCGAACCUACGAAUGUUCCCUUGUGGCUGCGCUACAUUGAGGCCGAGAUGAAGACGAGGAACAUCAACCAUGCUCGUAAUUUGCUGGACAGAGCCGUCACCAUCUUGCCGAGAAUCGACAAAAUCUGGUACAAGUAUGUCUACAUGGAGGAGACUCUCGGCAACAUCCCCGGUACCCGUCAAGUCUUUGAGAGAUGGAUGAGCUGGGAGCCUAGUGAGGAUGCUUGGGGCGCAUACAUCAAGAUGGAGAAGAGAUAUGGAGAGUUCGACCGUGCCCGCUCAAUCUUUGAGAGAUUCACAAUCGUCCACCCCGAAUCAAAGAACUGGAUCAAAUGGGCGCGUUUUGAGGAAGAGAGUGGCACGAGCGACCACGUGAGAGAGGUCUUUGGCAUGGCUAUCGAGACUAUGGGAGAGGACUUUAUGGAUGAGAAGCUCUUCAUCGCUUAUGCCAAAUACGAGGCUAAGCUGAAAGAGUACGAGCGUGCAAGAGCCAUCUACAAAUAUGCUUUGGAUCGCAUGCCCAGAUCACAAUCCGCCAACCUUCACAAGCACUACACCACUUUCGAGAAGCAGUACGGCGACCAAGAGGGUGUCGAGGAUGUUGUCUUGUCCAAGCGACGAGUACAAUAUGAAGAGCAGGUCAAGGAAAACUCAAAGAACUACGAUGCGUGGAUCGACUACGCAAGGCUGGAAGAAUCCUUGGGCGAUGCCGAGCGUACAAGAGAUGUAUACGAACGUGCUAUUGCCCAAGUACCGCCGACUCAAGAGAAGCGACACUGGAGACGAUACAUAUACAUCUGGAUCUUCUAUGCACUAUGGGAAGAGAUGGAGAACAAAGAUGUCGACCGUGCCCGACAGGUGUAUGCCGAGUGUCAGAAGCUCAUCCCUCACAAGAACUUCACAUUCGCAAAGUUCUGGCUACUAAAGGCACAAUUUGAGAUCAGACAGAUGCAAUUGUCAGCCGCUCGUAAGUCGUUGGGUAUGGCAAUAGGAAUGUGUCCCAAAGACAAGCUCUUCCGCGGCUACAUUGAGCUCGAACUCAAGCUUUUCGAAUUCAUGCGCUGCCGUACACUGUACGAAAAGCACAUUGAAUGGAACCCAGCAAACUGUCAAGCAUGGAUCAAAUUCGCCGAACUAGAACGAGGACUCGAAGACCUCGAACGCACACGCGCCAUCUUCGAAUUGGCAGUCGACCAACCCUCCCUCGACAUGCCAGAACUACUCUGGAAAGCUUACAUCGACUUUGAAGAAGAAGAGGGAGAAUGGGACAGAACACGAGCUUUAUACGAGCGCCUGCUGGAAAAGACAGGCCACGUCAAAGUAUGGAUCAGCUACGCACACUUUGAAAUCAACGUGCCGGAUCCAGACGAGGAAGAAGCAGACGAAGACGAAGAGGAAGAGAGACCGAUUUCCGAGAAUGCAAAGUUGCGCGCUCGCAAGGUCUUCCAACGUGCGUACGAAGACAUGAAGCAAAAAGAUCUCAAAGAAGAGCGUGUCGCUUUACUCAAUGCAUGGAAGUCCUUCGAAACCACACACGGCAACGCCUCGGAUCUCGAAAAAGUGGAGAAACAAAUGCCGCGUCGUGUCAAGAAGAGGAGAAAGUUGGCCGAGAACGAGUUCGAGGAGUACAUGGAUUACGUCUUCCCGGCAGACGACGAGAGUGCUGCCAAGAUGUCAAAGUUGUUGCAAAUGGCACAGGCUUGGAAAAAGGAGCAAGCGAGUGGUUGA